AUGGAAAACUUUAUGAGCAACUAUGAUGAGCAGCCAAACACAAUUGAUACGCCUGGAUUUGAAACAGAAACUAUAGUAAACAAUGAUGAGUUAACAAUUAUUCAGAAUAUUGAGCAGAAUGUGUAUUCAGUGUCCUUAGAUACAGCAGUAGAAUGUGGAGUAGAGCAAAUACCAGUAGACCCCAAGAUAGAACAGCUUAUUAGUGCAUUCGCAUCAGAAAAUAGAUUUAUUACAACCAACUACAGCUCAAACGAGCAGUUGAUUCGCGAUGUUUUAUCUUCUCUGGAAAAAAAAGGAGUUUUAUUCGCUGAAGAUGAUUUAUCCACACUUUCUACAUAUUUAAAUGAGUAUGGUCCACUUGUUACAGAUGUAUCAAUGUCUACAGUAUUAAAUGACACAAAUCUUGUAACUGAGGUUAUUCUGACAUUAUCCGAGAAUGCAGCAGAGAUUAGCGAAUUAAAUGGAGAGAAGGUGCUAAGAAUAGUCUCCUCGGUUGACCUUGAGAGCGCAUAUUCAUACAUGAAGGUCUGCACGGCAAAUCAAGCCAUAGUGGACGCCCAAUCAAACAUAUUUAAUGACAUAUGUAGUUCACUUACUAUCAAUAUGCCAAAUCUGACAGAAAAGAUUGUAGAGUUGGUAGAAACGGCGGCAGAACCUGCAAUUAACGCCAUGAACUAGUCUUUAUUUAGAAUAAAGA